AUGCAGUUGACGAACGCGGAAAACACGAUCGAAGAGACGCGCAUCAUCGUGUCGGACAGAAAGCGCGCGCUGUGCGAAACGCAGGCGGCAAAAACGGAGGAGUUUGCGAGUGCCAUGAGGACGUUGAAAGCCGGGCGUGCGCCUUUGCGGGAGGCUCGCAGGACGUUGCGACUUAUGGCGGAAGAGUGGCGGCAUACGUGCCAAACGGUGGACGACGCGUGCGAACUGAUGAUGGGCAGGGACAGCCGACGGCCGUCGUACCGUCUCCUAGUGCGUGACGACGACGGUGACGACGGCCGCAGAGAGUGUGAAGACGAUGACGGAGACUGCAAAGAAGGAGAAGUAGUAGAAGAAGGAGAAGAAGCCAACGAAAGCGACGAUAGCGGCCGUCAGCACCACCGUCGACACCACCGCCACCGACGACGCCGCCGACGUGGACGGCCACGCAGACUAUCACCAACCGCCAUAGUGACAGAGUUGUACGAAUAUUUCGAGCCGAUGGACAGGCGACUGGAUGACGUACUGCAACGGGUGUUCUGGAUCCAAAACGAAUAUGUGGGCGGGGACAGCGGACCGAGACAGCAGCUUGAGGUGCCCGUCGGUGACUCGAUGUCCACCACGUCCGAACAGGAAGACGAGUUCUUAGUACAUGAUCUGGACGGAACCGUAAACAGGCACUCUAAAAUCAUUGCCGCGCUUGAUCCGACCACUGUCACACCCAACAACGAGUUGACGCCAGAUGGCGGUCAAGUGUCUUCACUCUGUCCGAAGUGUUUAGAAAAACGUUACGAAGAAGAAAACCAAUGGGUGUUGAAAUAUAUCGAUAAGUUCCAGUAUGGUAGCGAUACACCACCGAACACAUCACGCAUAUGCAAGAGUAAAAAUGUCAGUUUCAAAGCCAUCGAUGACGAAGAAUUCAGGAAAUACUUUCACCGGACUUUAGAUUGUCCUCUUUAUACAGCUGAAAAGUUCCACACGAAGUAA